AUAUAGGAAUCCCGUUGGAAUCCCCUGCCUAUAAAGGAAAAGAUCCUCGUCUCGACUCGCUAUGAUUUUGCCUUUUGAAAGAUCAUUCCUCUCAGCUCCAAGCUAGAGCUCUAAGCUCAAUUGGUUCUCUUCUAACUAGUUAUAGCAAGAGACCUCGAGAGGUUUGUGUUCUUUGAUCAAUAGUGUUUUUACCACCAAUUGGCGACCAUGGAUGAGCACAAGAUUGACGAGCAGCAACAAGCUGGGCAGCUGGAGAGCUACCAGAACAGAUCAGGGGAGAGCCGCGGAGGCGUGGAACAGUCCUUGUCCCGGAUCGUGUCGGGUUCGUCGGAGCGAUACAUCGUGCAGCCGGGCUCCAUCAAUGUGCACAGCAUGCAGGAGGUGCAGCGAGCGCCGCGCAAGAGCGCGUUCCGGAAAUUGUCUUCGGCGUCCAGGGAGACGCUCUUCCCGGACGAUCCCUUCCGCCACUUCAAGAACCAGCCACCCGUCACCAAGCUCGCCAUGGCUGCCCAGUACGUCUUCCCCAUCCUCGAGUGGCUGCCCAAGUACAAGCAAGCCUACUUCAAGAGCGAUCUCAUCGCCGGGAUCACCAUCGCCAGCCUCUCCAUCCCACAAGGAAUCGCGUACGCAAGGCUCGCGGGUCUGCCUGCAGUGCUGGGGCUAUACACUUGCGUCGUCCCGCCCGUGAUCUACGCACUCUUCGGGAGCUCCAAGGAUGUGGCCAUGGGUCCCGAGGCGGUGUUCGCGCUGCUGCUGGGAAGCCUGGUGCGAUCGGAGCUGGGCGCUCACAACGAGAGCGUCGAGGACCAUCUCCGCCUCGCCUUCAUGGCCGUCUUCUUUGCCGGCUUGUUCCAGGCGAUGCUCGGCUUCUUCAGGCUGGGCUUUGUCAUCGAUUUCCUCUCCCACGCCACCACCGUGGGCUUCAUGUCGGGGGCGUCGCUGGUGGUGGCGCUCCAGCAGUUCAAAGGCAUUCUCGGGCUCACGCACUUCACCAGGAAGUCUGAUAUCGUCUCGGUCGUGCACUCCAUCUUCCAGCACCCCUCCCAGUGGAACUGGAGGACCAUCGUGUUUGGCGUCUUCUUCAUCUCGCUGCUGACGACGGCCAGAGUGAUUAGCAAGCGAAAAAAGCGUCUGUUUUGGGUGUCGGCAGUGGCCCCCGUUACAUCCGUCGCCCUCUCCACGCUCAUCGUCUUCCUCACGCGGGCCGACCACCACAACGUUGGCAUCGUCGGGAACUUGAGGAAGGGAUUGAAUCCGCCAUCUCUACGCUACUUGUCCUUCCACGGCCCAUUCCUCGUCAAAUCUGUCAAGAUUGGGAUGGUGCUUGGCCUCGUGGGACUCAUGCAAGUCAUCCUGGUGGGCCGAACGUUUGCGUCGCUUAAAAACUACCACAUUGAUGGGAACAAGGAGAUGAUCGCCAGCGGCAUGAUCAACUUGAUUGGCUCCUGCUUGUCGUGCAUGGGAUCAUCUGCGGCGAUGUCCCGGACCGCAGUGAACCACAACGCCGGCUGCAAGACACCGGUUUCUAGCAUUGUCAUGUCGGCUCUAGUCAUGGUGACCCUUGUGGCACUCACGCCGCUCUUCCACUACACUCCCAACGUUAUACUCUCGGUCAUCAUCUUCUGCGCGCUCGUGGGCUUGAUCGAUCCGGUCGCAGCUUACGAGAUAUGGAAGGUGGACAAGAUCGACUUCCUGGCGUGCAUGGGAGCAUUCUUCGGUGUUAUCUUCCAUUCCAUCCCUCUGGGACUUUCGGUGGCGGUUGGCAUCUCUGUGCUCAAGGUACUGCUGCACGUCACCAGGCCUCAUGCUGCGAUCCUGGGAAAGAUUCCGGGGACGAGCAUCUAUCGGAGUAUCGAGCAGUAUCCACAGGCCAUUCGAGUACCGGGGAUCUUGGUCGUCCGCAUCGAAGCCGCGAUUUACUUCUCCAAUGCCAAUUACGUCAGAGAAAGGAUCAUAAGAUGGAUAGAGCAGGAGACGAAUCUCGCAAAGGCCUCGCCUCUCAGAUUUCUCGUAAUCGAUCUCUCUCCUGUCAUGAGCAUCGACACGUCGGGAAUCCACGCCUUUGUGGAGAUCCACAGGGCGCUCAAGGCGUCAGACAUUCAGCUAGUUCUAGCGAAUCCUGGAGCCGAAGUGAUUGAGAGGCUGCACAGGGGUGGCUUUGUCGAUAUCUUGGGACAGCGGUGGAUCUCCUUGACUGUGGACGACGCGGUUCACUACUGCUCCAUGCAGCUCCCACGAGACAAUAACGUAGACAACCACGAGGACGUCAGCGAGUGCGAUGUUAUCGUCCAGAUCAUACCAAAGUUUGGCCUGUGAUCUCCUUUCGCCUGUACACUACUUAACACCCAAUAACUUAUUCGCUGUAUAUUCCUUGCCCGAUCUAUACAGAAGAGAGAGUUUCGUG